UUAAUGUUAAUAACUCGGAAUUGAUUAACAAAUGGAUAUGUAACAACUUCAGAUUUCGUAUUUUGAGUAAUAUUGAAUGAGCAAAUGAGAAAAACUCAUUUUUAUUUUUAUUUCAUACAUGAUGGCUGGUUCACGUAGAGGACUAGUAGCUCCACAAAAUAUAUUUCUUGAAACAGUCUUAAGACGAUUUAGUACACCACAAACUGGACUAUUAAUUGCCAAUGCUAGAAUAGUUGAUCAUCCAAUAAUAUAUGUCAAUGAAAGUUUUACUAAAAUGACAAAUUAUACAAGUCGUGAAAUGAUGCAUCAAAAUGCUAUAUGUCGUCAAUUACAUGGUAAAAGAACAUCAAUUAAUUCAAUAGAAAGAUUAAAAAAUGCAUUAGAUGAAGGUUAUUUUGAUCAAGUUGAAAUUACUUUAUAUAAAAAGAAUCGUUCAAUGAUUUGGGUUAUUAUGUGUGUGGCUCCAGUUGAAAAUGAUAAACAUGAAAUACCUCUAUAUCUUAUUUUAUUUUAUGAUAUAUCACCACUCAGACAACCACUGGACGACGAGACACUUAGUGGAAGUUUUAGUAAAUUUGCCAAGUUGGCACGUUCAGUGGCUCGUAAUAAAACUGUGUUAUCACAAGUUGAACUAGACGACUCAUUGGUUGCUGUUGCUCCCAUUCAAAGUAACAGUAUACCGAAAUACCGUCAGGAAUCACCAAAAACACCUCCACAUGUUGUAUUGCAUUAUUUAACAUUUAAAACUGCCUGGGAUUGGAUAAUAUUUUUAUUAACUGGUUAUACAUGUAUUAUUAUUCCGUAUAGUGUUGCAUUCGGUCAUGAUACUUUAUCAGAAGAAUCAAUAUACUUUGCUGUUGAACAUAUAGUUGAUAUAAUAUUCUUCAUUGAUAUUGUUUUAAAUUUCCAUACAACUUUUGUUGGCUCAUCUGGUGCAGUUAUUUCAGAUCCAGUAUUGAUACGUUUGAAUUACUUAAAAGGUUGGUUUAUAGUUGAUUUAAUCUCUUCACUACCAUUUGGAAUUCUAGCAGUAUUCAGUGAUCAUACAACAUUAGUCAAUUUGUCUAGUAUAUUAAAACUGGCACGUUUAUUACGAUUAUGUCGAGUAUUGAGAAAAUUAGACCAAUAUUUGGAAUAUGUGGCAUCAAUUUUAUUAAUUAUGCUAUUUUGUUUUAUACUAUUAGCUCAUUGGUUAGCCUGUGUCUGGUAUUUAAUUGGAAUGCAUGAUUUAAAAGAUAAAAUUUAUCAUGGUUGGAUAAUACAUUUAAUGAAUGAAACAACUGGUCCAAAAAAUUGGUCUAAUACAUCAUUAGAAGAAUAUUUACCAUCACAAUCUAUGCUAUACAUGACAUCAUUUUAUUUUACUUUAUCUGUGAUAACUAGUAUAGGAUUUGGAAAUGUUGCAGCGAAUACAAUAUCAGAAAAAGUUGUUUCUAUUAUUUUUAUGCUAAUUGGAGCACUUGUUUAUGCUACAAUAUUUGGUAAUGUGGCGACUAUUUUACAACAAACACAUGCAACUCGUGCAAGACUUAGACAAUUAAUGUCUAGUGUGAAAGAUUUUUUACGAAUUCAUGAAGUACCAAAAGAAUUAGCUGAACGUGUCAUUGAUUACGUAACAUCGAGUUGGUCUAUUACGAAAGGUGUAGAUACACAAACAGUAUUGAAUCACUGUCCAAAAGAUAUGAAAGCUGAUCUAUGUGUUCAUCUUUAUCGUGCUGUAUUUAGUGAGCAUCCAGCUUUUCGAUUAGCCAGUGAAAGUUGUCUUAGAGCUUUAGCUGUUUCAUUUACAGUUCAACAUAAUGCUCCUGGUGAUCUAAUCUUUCAUCAAGGUGAAAGUAUUGAUCAGUUAUGCUUUGUCGUAUCUGGAUCUUUAGAAGUAAUACAAGAUGAUGAAAUCGUAGCUAUCCUGUCAAAAGGUGAUAUAUUUGGUCAACCUAUAUUUAAGGAUACAGAUGUUGGUCAAAGUGCAGCAAGUGUACGUGCUUUAACAUACUGUGAUUUACAAUGUAUUAAACGGGAUAAACUUAUAGAUAUUUUAAAAUUUUAUUCACAGUUUGCAGUUUCAUUCUCUCGGACACUUGUACUCAGUUAUAACUUGCGUAAUCGUUUAACAUUUCGCAAAAUAUCUGAUGUUCGAAGAGAACAAGAAUUAAAUGAAUUAAGACGAAGUCAACCUCCAAUAUCAAGUUUAGCACCAGACCAUCCUGUAAGACGAUUAAUAUCCCGGUUUUGCAGUGCAGCUACAUCAAAUUUAAGUCGUUCCAGUUCAUUCAGUUCAAAUGAACCUCGAGAAAGUGGAAAAACAAGUGGAAAAUCAAAUGAUACAUCGUUGAGUGUUACAAAUCCUAUACCAGAAACUAUAUCACCAGAAAGUAUUCCGAAUUCAACAAAGCCAAAAUCAAGUUGGAGUCGACUUCUUGAUGUACCUAAAACAACAUUAUCAACACAAACAACAAUAAAAAUAACAACCACAACUACAAUAGCAACAACAACAACAACAACAACAACACUAACAACCAAUACUCAUCAAUCUAUUACAAUGAAUAAUGAAACUAUAAAAGAAACAAAACAAUAUGAUGAGAAAAUUCAAUUAUCAACUAAAUUUUCUAAUGCAUUAAUUAUAAAUAAAUUAGAUAGCAAAAAUAUCUUUGAAGGUGAACAAGAAAAAUUUCAUAAAACUAUUAUGCAACAUAUUGAAUUAUUAAGGAAUAAUUUUUUAACAAAUAUACGUAUUUUAUCAAGUCGAAUAGAUUUAAUUGAUCAAAGAAUAACACGUAUAACACAAUUAAUUAAUCAUCAUCAUCAUAAUAAUAAUAAUCAAGAAAUGAAAGGUUUGUAAAAAGAAAAUUUUAUGAUAUGAAAUUUCAAAGUUAUUAUAAGUACUAUUUAUAUACUAUUAAUAAUAAUGAAAACAGUAUAUAAUGAUAUACUACUGAGUGAAAGCAAUCCAAAACAGAUUACUCUUAUUCAGCUAUAUAUAUAUAUAUAUAUAUAU